UGGUUGUGCUGUUGUUGCCGAAGGAAUCAUAAAAUCAACUGAUGCAUUAUUAUCUACUACUUUCAAUCAUGAUCAAAAGACUUUGUAUUGUCAAAUAAACUUCGCAACGAUUAUUGGUACUCCUAGCUGGAAAGAAUUUACUCAAUUAUUAGCGCAAAAAUGGGAAUUUAUUCCAAAUGUGAAAUCUUAUCUUUCUGAAGUUUUAUCAGAUCAAAUUAAACAAUUUGAGAAAGUACGUGUAAAGUACGACCCUGAUAAAAUUUUCUUUGAUAAUAAGUCUUUGCAAGAUAUAUUUAGUCGUGCUUUAGGUUCAUGA